UUUCAAAUAACUUUGGUCAGGGCUCUUGUUGAAAAGUCAUCCUUCAACCAACCUAUAAUCGAAGGCCUAAGGCGGCACUCGCAAAAUUGUUUGAAGAAACCAGUAUCCUUUAUAUUCAGUCGGCCUUUUGGAAUAGUUUGGGUGCUGUAUGCGGUGACAUUUGGAACUGCGAAUGCUACUGAAACGGUAGCAUCAAGACUCAAGAGCACAACCAUCAGCAGUUUGUCGUUUAUUCCCAUCUCACUGGUCAAUGUGCCCCUUGGUAUCUGGAAGGACCUCAAGUUGGCGCAGAUAUACAGCGCUCAGCCUACGGAACGCGCCAAAGUGCGCCAGGUCGUUAAGCGCGUUUCGAGAGCUUCGAUGACGGCCUUCUUGAUCCGAGACAGUGCAACAAUGUUUGGCUCAUUCACACUGCCUACGCUGCUCGCUUCAGCUGUUCCCGACUCGGUGUUUGCCAGCCCGCAUGGGAAGAUCAUGGCAACUCAGACGACGGUGCCAAUACUGUCACAAAUCGUCUCCACGCCCGUACAUCUCCUCGGCUUGGACUAUUACAACAGAAACGGUGGCGCUACAGUGGUGGAGAGAUUGUCUCGCAUCCGAGCAGAUAUCAUGCCGGCUACUGUUGUGAGAUGUGUGCGAGUUCUACCAACCUUUGGCUUUGGAUGUCUAUUGAAUAGAGAAUUACGGGAAGGGUAUCUGGGUUUAUGUAACUAA